AUGGAGGAGCGGGAGAAGCUCGUGUGCCUGGCCAAGCUCGCCGAGCAGGCGGAGCGAUACGACGAUAUGGUGGAAUUCAUGAAGAAUCUUGCUAGGAUGGAUGUGGAUAUGAGUGCUGAAGAAAGGCAUCUGUUCUCAGUUGGUUUCAAGAACACUAUCGGGGCAAAGAGAGCAUCAUGGAGAAUCAUUUGUUCACAUGAGCAAAAGGCCACAACUGAUCGUCAGACUGGUGUGAUGAUAGAUGCCUAUAAGAAGAAAGUAGAAGAUGAACUAAGGAAGGUUUGCAAUGAAAUAUUGUCAAUCAUCGCUAUUCAUUGCCUCCCCUUGGCCAAUACGGGUGAAAAUGUCGUAUUCUUUUAUAAGAUGAAAGGUGACUACUAUCGUUACUUGGCUGAAUUUAGCACUGGAACUGAAAAGAAAGCUGCCUCUGAUCAGUCACUUAUGGCCUAUCAGCAUGCCAUGGUUGUCGCCUCCAGUGAGCUCUCACCUGCCCACCAGAUCCGGCUUGGCCUUGCUCUCAAUUUGUCGGUCUUCUUUUAUGAGAUAAUGAACUCUCAUGAGAGAGCUUGCCAAGUGGCAAAACAAGCAUUCGAUGAGGCUCUUGCUGAGAUAAAUUCUGGUGAAGGGGUUUACAAGGAUAGCACACUUAUGAUGCAGCUUCUGAAGGACAACUUAGCAUUGUGGACAUCAGAACUAACUGGAGGUGAAGCAUCCAAGGAUAAUGAUGUCGAGAUGGAGGUAAGGUGCCUCUUCCUAUGA